AUGAGAAAAGGAUGCAGGAAAUUCAGUUGUUUACACAUGUGUCUGUAACACUGAGAAGCAAGAAGAGCCCAGAAAACUCAGAGGAAGUGAAAUUAGAUGAUGAAUCAAAACAUGAACUUGGGCUCCAUUCAGAAACAAAUGGAAGAGACACACAUUUUUGGGACCCAACCAAGACAACCUUAUACAUUAGGUGGAGAUUGCCAACCAGAUGACCAUCUAUGUAAUUCAAAUCUGCCAUCUCAAAGUUUCUACCCAUGUUCAUCUCAUUAUACAUAUAUGCAUAUGAAUUACAGCAGUGAUUGGGAAAUUUUUGAAGCAGUAAAAAUUCAGGAAUUGGAAGAAGUCAAAGCCAGAGCUGCCCAAAUGGAGAAGACCAUGCGCUGGUGGUCAGAUUGUACUGCUAACUGGCGGGAGAAAUGGAGCAAAGUUAGAGGAGAAAGAAAUAAAGCCCGAGAGGAAGCAAGACAACUGAGAAUCAAAAUAGACAGUGCUAUAAAAGAAAUAAGUAUGCUUAAAAAAAUAAAUCAAAAUUUAAUAAGUGAGAAGGAAAGCUUAGAAAAUGGAACUGCCUGGAAAACAGAAUGCAGUUGCUCAGAAAUAUAUUAUGGUAAAAAAGACCAAAACCUGUUAACAUUUCUGGAACCAGAACCUGUGAAAGAACUGAGUAAAAUCAUCAAAAUUCCUGGGGCAGAAGACAAAAAGAAGGAUGUAGAGGUAAAUAAAGUCCAGAGCAAUCACAAUAAAAAAUUCACUCCAAAGUCCCCUGAUUUCUUCCUUGAUGGACUUCCCAGUAUCUAUUUGGAGGAAGCUAAAAAAAGUUUGGACACUACAGCUAAGACAACUGAGAAUGACUUAAUACAUGUUUCAGUCUUACAUUUGCAUUUGGCUGAGAUUAAGAAAAUCUUACAGAAGGAAAGAGAAAUGAAUGCAUUUCUGGAAAAAGAAAUGGAAAAGAUGGAAAAUGAAUUAUUUCUUUAUAAAUGGAAAUAUGAAGAACUGAGGCAAACCAAACUGGAAAACCUGAAACAGCUGGAAAGAAUGCAGUGGGAGAAUACCUCUGAAUGGCGAAAGAGAGAACGACCUGAAGCAGAAAAGCACAGUUUAGAAGAAGAGACUAGAAAACUGAAAUUACAGAGCAAGGAGGUGGAAGAAAGUGAACACAGGAUUUGGGACCAGACGAAAUUCCUUGUAUGUUGCUGGAGAUUCUCCCAAGACAGUGAGUGAAGAUGCAGGAGAUCAUCAAACAGCCCUGCCAGCAGCAAGACCAACAGCAAAGAGGAGGAGCGAACAACUUAUAUUCUUCAUAAAGACUUACAUGGAAAUGUAAUUGAAGAAGUGCAUGUCAGACAUAUAAAGGAACACUGCAUGCAUUAUUUUUAUGUAUUCCUGAUUUUUUGAUAGGAACAAGGGAAAUUAUAGUGUCAGUGGGUACAAAUUUAGAAUUUUUGUUGGCCAUUAUCUGUCCUUCCUUUCUAGUUGUCUUAAUGGCUCUCUUCUAAAGUAAAAUGUGGAUUUGAAUUAACAUGUCCUAUAUUUUAUCUUUGGGGAAAAGUACUUUAGAAUGUGCAUGGCAUAGCUGAGAGGUUCACAUUCUGUCCUGGAAAGACAAUGAGUCUGAAGUAGAAGUCAGUGGUUUGCUUCUUGCUUUGCUCUUGCAUUUUGCUUUCAUAUAGCAGUGAGCAAAUACAUCUGUACUUCAGGUCCUCCUGAAAAUGAUUGGAAGCUGAGAUCUGCAUGUUUUUCUGACCCCCCCUGAGCUUUUGUCUGCUGCUGGAGAUGGAAUUCUAAAGCAGAAAGAUCUGUGUUUUGACUACCUUCAUACUUUCUUAACCCUCCUUCAUGUCUAGAAAUGCUGACCUAAUCCCAGCCAUUACCUCCCAGGAUAGACUAAGGGAUAUACAAUGAGGGAAUAUUGUCUUUUUCUGAUGUCAGUGCUAAUACAUGAGUUCAUCAACAAGGUAUACAGAGAUACAGUGAGAUAAUGUAUUUUAAAUAGAGUUUAAACAUGUUAAACUUCUAAGAAUUGAAAAUAAAAUAAGAUUCGUAAUAUUUUUUUUCAUAAUCCAAACUUCCUCCCUUUAUUAGUUCACUGGUUCAAGGUUUUUUAUUAAACAAAAAGUUCUGGUCUUGUUCCCUGCGUUGUGAAAUGACACACUGACUUUCUCUAAAACUCCAUCUGCUUUUCUUCUACCAACGUCUUCUUGCCACCUCAGUGUGUAACAGCAGUAUUGAAAAAGUUGAUGUGCACAAUAUUAAUGGAAAGUGCAUAAUUAUUGAUUUUCAAAUGUUAUAACAGCCAAGUGCACUUUUAUGGUUACCUUGGAGCACUUGAAAAUGCAGCAGUACCACUCAACAUCUUACUGAUAAAAGCUUGUAUCAUUUAGAUAAGCUUUACAGAUAAGAUUUUUUUGUCUCCUAUCCUUUGACAAGCCAUUAGAAAUAUACUUGUUUUAGAGAUAAAGCCCUAGGGUUACAGCAUUGGGCAAAAUCUGUAUAAGCUCCAGGGUCUCUUUUCAGCCCACAGUAACAUCUGUGGCUAAAAAUCAAGUCAAAUGAUUUUAUGAGUUACUAGGGAAACUGGGAUUCUGUCUUUCCCCUCUAUAUUUCUAAACAAGUAGGAAAAACAAGUAACCUUUAAAUGGUGCUGGAGAACAUUUCUGUGCUUGGUAGUGUAAUAAGGAUAUUGAUGGAAACCAAACUAGCAGCUAAUUUCUUCUCCUCUGUCUAACUCUACCACAUAAAUAUCUUGUACUUGUUCACUGUAUUAUAAUACUCAGCAGGUGUGAUACACCUGGGUAGUCUAACAGUCAUGGUGACAGUAAAAAGAUCAUCAGAUGAUGCUAGUUUAAAAAUUUAUAUUUCAGAAUAUCAAUGCAGUAUCUUUUCUUUCUCAUGAGGAAAUUAUACUUUCUUGUGGGGUAGUUAGUAUUCGCAUUUGUCCCACACAUGUCUUUGUAAUCACUUAUUGAUCAUAUUUUACUUUCAGGUGCCUUCUGAGUAGCACUUUUUAAGUUUUCUUGCUUACCUAUGAUAGAUCACGCAAGAUGCCUUAAUUUUUCAUAAUUUCUCCCUAUUCUCUGACGUAGAGAAAACUCAGCUACUUCCAUUAACUUCAUAAAAUAUUUAUGUUGUCAAUAUAUACACAGAGAACUUCAGAGGCCUCUAUGAAGAAGUAAGCCAAUAAAUUAGUCACUUGAAGGUAAGCCAAAAUGAGAUGAUGCAUGAUUGCCCUGGCUGGAGUUCAGUAUGUUUGACCUUUUCAUAAUAAUACUAGAAUGUCUCCUGAUCUUAAAUAGACAUCUAUGAUAUUUACUGUAUAUCAGUGUUGCCGUCCAUUCCUCUUCAGACUUUACACGGUGACUAAGCAUAAUUAACCACACAAACUCCUAACGCUAAAUCUGGUUGCCAACCUUUGAGCUAUUCUUCAUCUCUUAAAUGAGUGGUGCCUAAAAAUGUGGAUUGUCUCUAGAAAAACUUCACAAAAUAGUCUUUCUUAUUUUCCUUUUCAAGGUGAUAGAUAGUAUGAAUGUUUUAUGUAGAUCAGUUUUACAAACAGAUUAUAAACGCAGUGAUAGAAAUACCUGCAAAUAAUUUUCACAAUUUUCAAUUAAACCUUGUUUAAUACCAUAUAUAAAUAUAUAUAUUAUUUAAUAUUGGAAUACAUGCAGAAAGAUAAGAAAGAGUGAUUUAUGUGGUUUUGUAGUCACCUAGUAGUUGAUAGGAAAACAGUGGGUAACACUGUGUUUAGAACAUAAUAGAAUAACUCACCUGGAAAGGAUGAAUAACAAUCAUCUGGUUCAACUGCCUGACCACUUCAGAGCUGAUGAAAUGUUAAAGCAUGUUAUUAAAGGCAUUAUCCAAAUGCCUCUUAAACACUGACGGGCUUGGGACAUUGACCACCUCUCUAGGAAGCCUGUUCAUGUGUUUGAUUACCCUUUAGGUAAAGAAAUGCUUCCUAAUGUCCAGUCUUAACCUCCCAUGGCACAACUUUGAACCAUUCCUAUGCAUUCUGUCACUGGACCCUGGGGAAAAGAGUUCAGCAUUCCUUCUCCAUUUCUGUUCCUCAGGAAGCUGCAGACGGCAAUGAGAUGGCCUUUCAGCCUCCUUUUCUUCAAACUAGACAAGACCAAAGUCCUUAGUCCUUAGUCACUCCUCCUUCCAGCCCUUUCACCAGUUUUGUUGUCCUUCUCUGUAUUCAUUCCAGACCUUCACAUCCUUCUUAAAUGGCGGGGCCCAGAACUGCACACAGUGCUCAUGAUGAGACCACAGCAACACUGAAUAGAGCGAGACAAUCACUUUUUUUGACCAGCUGGUUACACUGUGUUUCAAGCACCCAGGAUGGGGUUUGCCCUCCGGACUUCCAGGGCACUCUGCUGACUCACAUUGAGCCUGCUGUCAACCAGCACACCCAGAUGCCUUUCUGCGAGACUGCUCUCCAGCCAUUCCUCUCCCAAUUUAUACUUGUGCCCAACAUUACUCCAUCCUAGAUGCAGAAUCCAGCAUUUAUUCUUGUUAAAUUUCAUCCCAGAAAUUAUCACCUAAUGCUCUGUUCUUUAUAAAUCUCUCUGCAAGACAUCUUAUCCCUCAAGAGAGCCAACAGCACCUCCCAGUUUGGUCUCAUCAGCAAAUCUGCUAACGGUGUAUUCAGCUCCUGCAUCCAGAUAAUUGAUAAAUAGAUUGAACAGAACUAGCCCUAGAAUUGAACCCUGAGGAGCACCGCUGAUGAUCAGUUGCCAGUCAGAUGUAGCCCCGUUCACUACAACCUUUUGAACUUUGCCCUUCAGCCAGUACAGCGUAAACAAACUCAUCCCACAGUUGAACAAAUUAUCCAGAAGGAUGCUGUGAGGGACAGUAUCAACAGCCUUAGUAAAACCCAGAAAAACUAUGUAUAUCAUCUUCCCUUUCUCCACAAGGCAGAUGAAUUUAUGAUAGAAAUACAUUGAAUUAGUUAUAUAGGACUUUCCCUUUGUGAAUCCAAGUUAACUGUACUGUGUUGACUUCCUCCUUCUGCACUGAAGUGCCGCUUAUCUGAGGGAUGUCUCAGUCUCCCUCUACAAUACUUUGUAAACACUUUUCAAGAUACAUGCCAAAACAAUGCAUACUUAUUCCACUGUUCACUUGAUUAACAGUAGAGGAUAACUGUGAAGGACAUAUGACCAGCCCCGAACUUUGUAUUUGGUAGGGUGGGAGGUAUCAGAGUUUAAUUAAAAAUUGGUGACUUUUUUCUACUGAAAUAUCUACUCUUGUAUUCCCCAAUCCUCCUAUCUCCAUGACUUCCACAACUGAAAGGUUGUCUCAGAAUAACCGGAGUCUACUUUCCCCACUUUAAAGGGAAAGAAAUCUCUAAUAUUGAAUUUAAAAUAUGCCAGUAAGCAAUUAUUUCUCAGAAACUAUGAAGAUUCUUGGAUGCUUUUUACCAUUACAGAUCUUCUAUCACAUGACUUCAGGAAGAAGGAAAGAAAUUUUAUUCAAUUGAAAUCAAAAAGGUCUAUUCAAAAUGAUCUAAAAAAUAGCACUUAUUUAGGGGGAUAUUCUAAAUAUAUUCAACAAAUAUAACUAUGUUAGACUGCAAAUGUGAUUCACUUGCCUCCUUUAAUCAUGAAUAGAAUAUUUUCCAGGCAAUGCCAUUUCAGGAAUCUAUUGAUCAUAAUUAGAAAAGGACCAUGAAUGACUAUUUAUGCUAAGAUUGGAUAAAAAAUUCUUAAGGUUAUUAACAUUUGAAAGGAAGAAAAUGUAGAUAAGAAAAGGACAAACAAAACCAUGCUAUUUAACAUUUAAGCUUUGGGUUUUAUCUUUGUAAGAGAAUUUAAAAUGAAGAAGCAUUUGCAUAUCAUCAAUCAGUGAACACAUCAGAAGUUAAAAAUGGAUUUCCUAGCUUCAUUAGCUCAACAAAAUGCAAUGGUACACAUACAAUAGACUGUAUUUCUGUUAGUAAAUUAAUGCUUUUCUUCCAGUCAGAUAAUCAAUAAAAAUACAAAUGGAUUCAACAGCUGAUGUUUUACAUAGCUUCUCAUUAAACAUUGUACUGCUUUAUUGGUAUCUACAAAUGGAAUUUAAGAAGUGGAGCUUUGAGAAUUUUGAAAUGGCAGCAUAUUCCUGAAGGCCCUUAGUUGUUCCCUAAUGUUCUAUGGGCAUUGAUUAGAGAUCAAUAAAAUCAUGGAUCUCUCUCUUAGGGAGAAAAAAAAAAUUUAAAAAAAUUGUGUGGACCAAAUAGUGUCAUGGUAAUACUCUAAGAAAAUAAUUUAGAAUAAGGAAAAAUAUCAAACUUUGAGCUGUCUGCGUUUAAAAGAAAAAAAGAAACCCAGUAUUUUUAAUGUACUUUGAUGCAUCUUAGACAGGUAUUUUGAAAAAUCACGAUUUUUUCUUAAUAUGAAACCUCAAAUUUAUGUGAUUAUUCUCAUAUUUUAUUCUUUCCUUACUGUGCGCUAAUGCUGCACCAUAUUUUACUCCUUUUACUAAUUGUCAGAUAUAUUGUUAAAAAUCAGAUUGAGCAGAAUAGGAAGUAUUAGAUGCUUUUACUGCAUCUAAUGGAACGAUAAUUUUUUUCCCAACUUAAAUGCCUUAUGAAAGCUUACAUGUAAUUACAUAUAAAUAAUCAUUGAUCAGAUUCUCUUUUUACAGUGUUGUGGUGUGUUAGCCAUGGCUGACUGCCAGGUGCCCUCUGAGAUGCCUCUCCACAGAAGAGGGGGAGAAAAUAGGAUUAAAGAGCUUGAGAAUCAAGCUAAGGACGGGGCGAUUUCUUAUAAAGUAUUUUCAUGGGCACAACAGAUUUGACUUGGGGAAAUAUAGCUUAUUGCUAAUUAAUUACAGUGUAAGAUAGUGAGAAAUAAAAAAACUAAACAAAAACCACCUUUCCCUCCCCCUUCUUCCCAUGUGUGGCAGUUUGAGCCACAUUAGAAAUCUAAAAUCCAAUUUCCAGGCUUCCCCCACCCCUUCCUACAUUUUGUCCCAACACCGAAGAGAAAAUUUUCAGGCAAGAGGCUUCUAUAGGGAAAGGGAGAAGCAUAUAUACAUUUUAUUUACACAAUUAAAUAUACUGUACAAAUUAAAAGCAGCUAUAUAUAUAUUAUUACACUUCUAUCAGUCUCUUCGAAGCUUCUCCUUUUAACUUUAGUCCAGGAAAAGCCUUUCAAGGCUGAUAGGUAACGCAGUCUCUCUCUCGUGGGAGUGUUCGGGGCCCCUGAACACUCCCCCACCAACCUUCAGCUGCUUGUGGAAGUCCUUCCUUCCUCACAAAGUCCAAGAAGGCAGCUCUGAGUCCUUUCUCCUUCGUCCUGUGUCAUUUGUGCUGUGUGAUC